AUGAAGUUGGGAAGGCUCAACCUCCACUUUGGCUCUUCACGAAAGUCCAAGACUGAGAACCUCCACCAGGGUAGUCCACCCAGUCAGCCGAGUUCAUCCAGUCCUCGUACUUCGACCAGGUCUAGUAGUUCUUCCACGUCCAAACGUCACGCCGGACAGUCAUCUGCUCCGCCGCAAGCUCCGACUUCGGCCUCCCCUCGACGCCACCCCGGUCUCUACUCCUCCCCCUCCGCUCGCGCCAUGGCACCCACCGCAAUCGUCAUCCCCCUGUACAUCUAUCCCUCCCCCGGCGCUUGGGAUCCGCUCAUCCGGACAGCCAAGGCGAACCCGCUCGUGCCCUUCGUCGCGAUCGUGAACCCCAACAAUGGACCGGGAAACACCGUCCUCCCCGACGCAUGCUACCAAUCCGCGCUCGCCGAGCUCUGCAUGAUCCCCAACAUAACCCUGCUGGGUUACGUGCACUGCGUGUGGUGCAAGCGUGACUCCCCCGAGAUCGAGUCGGACAUCGACACGUAUGCGUGCUGGGCUGCCGAGUCGCAGGGCCGUUUCGGCGUCAGUGGCAUCUUCAUCGAUGAGGCGCCCUGGGAUCCCUGUCACCGGCCGUACAUGUCCAACCUGGCGCAGUACAUCCGCAAGACGUUCGAGGAGGAGACGGGCACCCCGGGACUCGUGUGCUACAACCCCGGCGUGGUCGUUGAUCAGGGGUAUCUCGAGGACUGUGACCUCGCCGUCGUCUUCGAGCAGAGCCACAAGGAGUGGUACGCCUACUUCCUGCGCAAGGGGCUGGUACAGAUCCCCUACAACCUCAGGUCAAAGUGUGUAGCCAUGGUGCACUCGUUCGGCCAGCUCGAGGGUCUGGAGCCGACUUCGCCUACAUCUCCGCACUCGCCCAACUCGCCCAACUCUCCCAAUCACCGCAACGGCAAUGGACACGGGCACGGGCACGGCAGGCAUGGCAGCAUCGAGCUUGACGGGUCGCACGCCGGCGGCGUAGCCAAGGCCGCUAUCGCCGUCACGGACCAGAUCACGCAGCUGGGCUUCGGCGGCGUGUUCCUUACGGAGCAAGUGGGGGGAUACUCACACUUCCCCGAGACCUGGGACACGGUUGCGGAACGCCUGACGCAGACGCAGACACAGGCGAGGAGUAGGAGGUUUUAG